UUUGCAUGUAAUUUGGGAUGAUGGCCACAGCUGGUUUAGGCCUCGAAAUUCUAUGUGAUGACCCUAAUCUACCACUGGGGGGCAAUGUUUUUUUAUGCCUGAAACGUUGAUUCGCAUUUGGCAAUGAAAUCAUUAAAUUCAUUGAUGUGGUAACCGUGAUGGGUGGUUACACUGUUGCAAAAAAUGGUAGCUGUUCGAACAAUAUGAUUUCUUCCCACGUCACAAUGCAGAACGUUCAUUGUUUCUAAAAUAUGACACACGCAGUUACGUAAUGACGUCUCAGGAUUCUGUUGUGAUCGGAUACUGAACGUUUACCUCGGAGUAAUGGCGGCGUACCGGGGAUCUUCGUCGAAAUGGUUCUUUACCCGGGAACAACUCGAAAACACGCCGUCUCGACGAUGUGGAGUAGAGCCAGACAGAGAGCUGUCUUAUCGACAGCAAUCUGCAAAUCUAAUUCAAGACAUGGGCCAGAGACUCAACGUCUCUCAACUGACAAUAAAUACUGCAAUUGUUUACAUGCAUAGGUUUUAUAUGUUAAACUCUUUCACGAAAUUCCAUAGAAAUAUUAUUUCCUCCACCACCUUAUUCUUGGCUGCCAAAGUAGAGGAGCAGCCGAGAAAGCUUGAGCAUGUCAUUAAAGUGGCCCAUGCCUGCUUAUACCCUCAGGAGCCUCCUCUGGACACAAAGAGUAAUGCAUACCUCCAGCAAGCUCAAGAGCUGGUGAUUCUUGAGACCAUAGUGCUGCAGACUUUAGGUUUUGAAAUAACAAUUGAACAUCCACACACUGAUGUUGUGAAAUGUUCCCAACUAGUGCGAGAAGCUAACCCUCCUGCCCCUCUGUCUCUCUCCCUCUCCUCUCCCCCUGUCACAGCAAGCAAGGAUCUGGCACAGACAUCCUAUUUCAUGGCUACCAACAGCCUCCACCUCACCACGUUCUGCCUGCAGCACAAGCCCACGGUGAUAGCCUGUGUGUGCAUACACCUGGCUUGCAAGUGGUCCAACUGGGAGAUCCCAGUGUCCACGGACGGGAAGCACUGGUGGGAGUAUGUGGAUAGCUCUGUCACCCUGGAGCUCUUGGACGAACUAACCCAUGAGUUCCUUCAGAUUUUGGAGAAAACGCCAAGCAGGCUGAAGAGAAUUCGGAACUGGAGGGCCACACAGGCGGCCAAGAAGCCCAAAGCGGAUGGCCAGCCGGCGGACGGCUCCUUCCCCUCCACGUCCGGGGACCAUUCCCUGGUGGACGCCAUGACGGGAGACUCUGCCUUCGCCAAGGCCUCGGCCUCUUUCCCCGUCUCCCUGACCGGUGGUGGAGGUGGUAGCGGUGGCAGUGGAGGCGGCCUCUCUCUGGACGCCCUGACCGGCGGCCUGACCGGCUCCUACAUGUACUCCACCCCUACCCACUGGCAACCAGAACCGCAGCAGCAGCAGGCCAGCGGCGGAACCCGUUCGGACCCGCUCAAGCCCGACGCCUUGGGGCCAGCGUUCUCCAAGGGCAGCGCCGCUGCCGAGUUCCACCCUGUCAAACACGAACACAAAGGUGGUGGAGGAGGAGGAGGAGGGAAACACGGCCAGCUUCAGCAGCAGUCGUCAUCGUCAUCGUCAUCCGGGGUCCUCCCUCCGCCGCCUCCUCCUCCUCCCCCUCCGCCGCCCCCUCCUCCCCCCGUGGCCACCGUCAAGAUGUCGCUGGACAAGUACCGGGAGAAGCAGGCGGCCGAGCAGGCGGUGCAGCGACGCAGGCAGGAGGAGCAGCAGCAUCACCAUCAUCAACAGGCCGUGAAGCAGGAGGCUCGCACCGCAGACGCGCACGGCACCGCCGCCCCGCAGACGGACCACCGCAAGCACCACCACCAUCACCACCACGCGCACGGCCAGCCGCCGGGGCAAGGCGGCGGUCCGCUGGGGGGUGCACUGUCUACGUCCUCCCCUCUCAAAAUGAAGCUACCUCUGCCUGGACAGGAGAGGUCUCACGGAAGCGGCAGUGGGGAGAGGCGAGACAAGAACUCCUCCUCGUCCUCGUCCUCGCUGAAGCUGCGCCUGCCCCUCUCCUCCUCCCACGGUGAGCGCGGCAGCAGCUCAGCGAGCGGCAAAGAGGAGCUGAAGAUGAAGAUCAAGGUGUCAUCGGAGCGCCACGGGUCCUCGGACGAGGGCAGCGGCGGUGGCAAGAGCAAACAUUCCAGCCCACUGGUGGUGGGUAAGGAUCGUCACCGCCCGGAGCACUCCAGCCACCGGCACCACAAGCACGCGUACCAGCCGUACGCCGCGCACGCCCCCUCCGGACCCCCUCACAGCACCGGGAACGGCCGCGGCGUUCACCACGAGGCUCUGGUUUCGGGCAGUGGCGGCGUCGGUGGUGGUGGUAGUGGUGGUGGACUCUUGCGCAGUCCGCUGGGCCUCGGCAUGGAAGGGCUGGCCGCCGCCCCCAGCAUGAUGUCGUCAUCCUCAUCCUCCAUGAGCUCCUCGUCUGGUUCCUCGUCUCGGAAGAGGGGCUACCCGGAAGGCAGUGGCAGCGGCAGCAGCCACAACCACCACUCUUCCUCCAAAAAGAACAAAAGCUCCAAGAGCAGUUCAGCAGGUGGGCUGCGGACAUCGUCCUCAUCGACGUCAUCCCAGCACCCCGGCGAGGCGGGACAGGAGCUCAGCGGUGGGGAGCCGCGGGCCUGAGUGGGCCUGCGGCGUGGGAGGUGGUAGGAGGUGGAGCUGGAGGCUACAGAGGCUUGUGGACUAAGGAGACCCUUUAGACGUGCUCAACUCGCUCCCAAUGGCCCAGGGACAGAAAGGCCUGAAAGCCCCCUCCCUCACUCACCAUCCUCCUGAUCUACCCCCCCCCCUCCCCACCAAUCCCUCCAGUGAAACAUGGAGGGAAUUUAAGAUCAACGGACAAAAAAAAGAAUAAAAACAAACCGCAUAAUAUUACAUGACAAAGACAAAGCAUAAGCCCUACUACAGUUUUUUUUUUUCCCCUUUGGUCGAGAGAGAAUGCUUCCUGAUUCUGUGAGUCCUUGGUAGUGCUCUCCUGGCGCACGGUGCUGUCCCCUCCUUCCUUCCUUUCACACUCCCUUAUCCUCCCUCCCCUCCCCUCCCCUGCCUUCCCUUCCCCGUGUGUGGUGGCGUUGCUGUGCUGUCCCGAAUCAGACCCCCACCCCCACCUGGACGAACAAAGGGGUUUUGGUAUGGGAACGUGUGAAGUGUUUGCAUUAUAUUUUAUUUUUAUUUUUUAAUUAUGUUUUAUUUCCUAUUUUGUUCCUGUGGGUGGGCAAUCUAAUUCACACGGAUUAAAAAAAAAACAGAAAUCUGUGAUCCAAGCUGAUGGAGUUGAAUUCUAAGUACUUAACCAAUAUGAUGCAAUGAUUUUUUUGUUUUUGUUUUUCAUUUAUAAUUUAAAUGAUAUCUCCACAAUUGUAAUUCAAGAAUACUAUUAGGCUCUUCCAAAAUGACUAUCUCCUGUUGUGAAAGGGGGAUGUGUGUAUUUGUGAGCGAAAUGUGUGUGCGUGUGUGUGUGUGAGACGUUUGUCAUUUCUUUACUGUACGUCUGAUCUGCAUGUUUCAAUCAAAGGGAUGGAGACUGACUGCUGUUUACAGAAAGUGGAGAUAAAUGUACAUACAUUUUUGUAUGCUUAAAAAAAGUGAUAACAUAAAAAAACACUCAGGUUUGGGA